UAAAUUAACUCUUACAAUUUCAAUUGUCACUUUAUCAACCACAUAUUGUUUAAUUUUUAAGUUUUGCACUCAUCAAGAAGCAAAAAUAAGUUAGCUUUUGGGAAAAUGGAAUCUUGUUAUUUCACUGUAACAAAGCCAUCAUCAUCAUCUUCAACUAUUCUGAAUUUUCAGGGUGUUUCAUCUUUUGGUGGAAGAUCGUCUCAGAAAUCCUUAGGUGCCCCAUCUUAUCUUUCCUGGCCAUUAUCUAGACCUGAAAAGAAACAUCAAAAUUUUGUUUACAGGCAGAAGACGUUUAAGGGUGCCAUAUUGGCAGAAGCUGGAAAACAAGGUUGGGAUUUUGGCAGAUUUAUAAAGACAUUGUAUUUUUUUAAUGGCCCUCCUUCCCCUGCAAAGUUUUUUGAAUCACUGAUUGAGAAACUAACUGGUCCAUCACCUAGUAAACCAGUUAACUCGAUGGAUUCUUCUGGAAUUACCCUGGUAACUGGAGCCACUGGUGGUGUUGGGAGAAGAGUGGUGGACGUAUUACGCAACAAAAAAUUGUCUGUCCGAGUACUCGUCAGAAAUGAAGAGAAGGCAAGAAGAAUGCUUGGUGAAGAUGUUGACCUGGUUGUUGGAGAUGUUACCAAAGCAAGCACUCUGCUUCCUGAGUACUUCAAAGGAGUAACGAGCGUAAUUAAUGCUGUUUCUGCCAUUGUUGGCCCGAAGGAAGGGGAUACCCCUGACAGGGAAAAAUACAGUCAGGGAAUCAAGUUCUUUGAACCCGAGAUUAAAGGUGACUCACCUGAAAUGGUGGAGUACAUUGGAAUGAAGAAUUUAAUAAAUGCUGUUAAAGAAAAUGUUUGCCUUCGCACAGGAAAACUACUAUUUGGAUAUGAAGGUAAUUCAUUUAAAGAACUUCCUUGGGGGGCUUUGGAUGAUGUUGUGAUGGGUGGAGUGAGUCAAAGUACAUUCCAGAUAGAUCUAACUGGUGGGGAAAAUGGUGGACCAACAGGACUCUUCAAAGGUAUUGUUACCACUGCUAACAACGGGGGGUUUGCCAGUAUUAGGACAAAGAACUUUUCUGAACCCGAAGACCUUUCUGCUUAUGAUGGUUUAGAGUUGCGCCUUAAAGGUGAUGGCCGUCGUUAUAAGCUUAUUGUUCGCACUAGCAGUGAUUGGGAUACUGUGGGUUAUACAUCAAUCUUUGAUACCGUUGAGGGUUGGCAAUUGGUUCGUUUGCCUUUUUCUUCUUUGAGGCCUAUAUUCCGUGCACGAACCGUACUAGAUGCAUCGCCUUUUGACCCCAGUCAAAUCACAUCAUUACAGCUUAUGUUCAGCAAAUUCGAAUCUGAUGGUAAACUGAAUCCAACAUUCAAAGAAGGUCCCUUUGAACUUCCUGUAUCAUGCAUUCAAGCUUAUCUUAAAGAUCCCAUUACUCCCAGGUUUGUACAUGUGAGUUCUGCUGGUGUAACUAGACCAGAAAGACCAGGAAUUGAUUUAAGCAAACAGCCUCCAGCUGUGCGAUUGAACAAGGAAUUGGGCUUCAUCCUGACAUUCAAGUUAAAGGGGGAGGAUGAGAUUCGAGAAUCUGGGAUACCAUAUACAAUAGUCAGGCCUUGUGCCUUAACUGAGGAGCCUGCAGGAGCUGAUCUCAUUUUCGAUCAAGGCGACAAUAUCACGGGGAAGAUAUCCCGUGAAGAAGUUGCUCGAAUAUGUGUGGCAGCUCUGAAAAGUCCCUAUGCAUGUGACAAAACAUUUGAGGUUAAAAGUGUCAUUCCAUUUAGUGAGCCGUACACAGUGGAUCCAGAAAACCCUCCUCCGGAGAAAGAUUACAAUGAAUACUUCAAGACUCUGAAAGAUGGCAUCACUGGGAAAGAAAGCCUAGAGAAAACACCUAUCUCUGUAUAAUGACCUAGCAUGCUGCACCUGUUGUUCACUAGUUGAUAUUGCUAUGCAUAUGUUAGCAGAUUACAAUGUUUACAAGCUGCAACGACAUUAUUAACAGAAGAAGGUAGUGCUUUGGGGUUUUGUGACCUGAACCUAGAAAUUAAAACUCAGAUGAGGUGUGUUGUAUGGUUCAUCCCCAACUCCCCCUAAAAGUAAGAAACUAAGGUAAUCUGAUCUUUAUGGUCCAAAAGGCAGAAGAGAGGUGUGUUUUUUGUACAUAUUUUUAGCUGGCAUAAGUCCAGUCUCAUAUUGAAAUAAAUAAUAGAAUGUCUACCAACUACCAUAAAUAUG